CUAAGGUGCUAUCUGACUACCGUGUAUUUUCUGUCUGAUUUUUUGAGCUGUCCACUGACUUUGCUUCAUGAUCGGCUGUAUCGGUUAGUUUAGCUCUUUUAACAUUCCUACGGAUUGUUGAAAGAAAUAAACGUUAUAAAUUGAUCAGAAAGAUGUUGAGUGUGCUGAGAUGUUCGCUCGUUAAUCGCGGAUUACGGGAGUUCACGAAAUCAUCGGGAUUUUUAACAAUAAGACUAUCGUUGAGCACAUCACCGGUUUUCAAAGGCAGUAAAAAGGAUGGAAGUAAAGAAUAUCGAAUUGAGAGGGAUACUUUUGGUGAACUCAAAGUCCCUGCUGACAAAUACUAUGGAGCACAAACUAUGCGUUCGGUGAUCAAUUUUCCAAUCGGCGAUACCUUUGAACGCAUGCCUUAUGGCGUCAUUGUUGCAAUGGGUAUAUUAAAAAAAGCUGCAGCAGAGACAAAUAAGGAACUUGGGUUGGAUGCAAAAAUAGCAGAUGCUAUUAGCAAAGCAGCAGAUGAUGUUAUCAGUGGGAAACUUUAUAAUGAUCAUUUUCCAUUGGUAAUUUGGCAAACAGGUUCUGGUACGCAAACCAACAUGAACACUAAUGAGGUAAUAUCAAAUCGUGCAAUUGAAUUACUCGGUGGUCAACUUGGCUCAAAAACACCUGUGCAUCCAAAUGAUCAUGUAAAUAAAUCUCAAAGCAGUAAUGACACAUUUCCAACCGCUAUGCACAUAGCUGUUGCUUUAGAAAUCAAUAGAGUAUUGCUUCCUGGUUUGGAAUGCUUGUACGAAGCAUUGAAUGAAAAAGCUAAAGCAUGGAAAGAUAUUAUAAAAAUUGGUAGGACUCACACUCAGGAUGCUGUGCCAUUGACGUUAGGUCAAGAAUUCUCAGGUUAUGCGACACAAGUUUGUAAUGGAAUUGGUAGAGUGAAAAAUACUCUUCCGCGAUUAUACGAGUUAGCACUUGGUGGUACCGCAGUCGGAACUGGGUUAAAUGCACCAAAGGGUUUUGCAGAGAAAGCAGCAGCAAAAAUCGCAGAACUGACUGGUUUACCAUUUGUAACUGCUCCUAAUAAAUUUGAAGCUUUAGCAGCGCAUGAUGCUAUGGUAGAAGUGCAUGGUGCACUUAACACGAUAGCAGUUUCGCUUAUGAAGAUAGCCAAUGAUAUUCGAUUUUUGGGAAGCGGACCUCGUUGCGGUUUAGGCGAACUGUCUCUUCCUGAAAAUGAACCAGGAAGUUCGAUCAUGCCUGGCAAAGUAAAUCCAACACAAUGCGAAGCAUUGACUAUGGUCUGUUGUCAAGUAAUGGGUAACCAAGUUGCCACAACUGUUGCUGGCAGCAAUGGCCACUUUGAACUAAACGUAUUUAAACCAGUUAUAGUUGCAAACACAUUGAGAUCUACGAGACUUUUAGGCGACGCUUGUACCACAUUUACGAAGAAUUGCGUUGUGGGCAUUAAACCUAAUACUGACCAUAUCAAGAAACUCUUGAACGAAAGUUUAAUGCUUGUCACAGCAUUGAAUCCACACAUUGGUUAUGAUAAGUCUGCUGCAAUUGCAAAACAAGCUCAUAAAGAAGGUCUAACCCUGAAAGAAUCAGCAUUGAAGAAUGGUAUAACCGCGGAACAGUUCGAUCAAUGGGUUAGACCUGAGAAUAUGAUCGGCCCUAAAUGAACAUCUAGUUAAACAGGACAGACUUUAGAAAUUCAUUCUUUUUUUUAUUUAACUUACAAUUUUUACUUAGUAUCCUGAAUUUAAAUAUUAUUUAUACUGCCGGUUUUACUGAAAUUGUUAUUGUAUAUGUAAAAUGUUUUUCAUACUUGUAUAUUAUAUACAAACAGUAAUUGUACAUUUGAUAAUUAAUGAAAAAUGUUACGGAUAAUAAAUAUAAAAUGUUGCAAAUAUUCACA